CCAUACCAGCAUCCUGAUCACCGCCAUACACCACACCACAUCCUGAUCACCGCCAUACACCACACCAGUGUUCUGAUCAAUACCAUACCCCAUACCAGCAUCCUGAUCACCGCCAUACACCACACCAGUGUUCUGAUCAAUACCAUACCCCAUACCAGCAUCCUGAUCACCGCCAUACCACAUACCAGCGUUCUGAUCACCACCAUACACCAUACCAGCGUUCUCAUCACCACCAUACACCAUACCAGCGUUCUCAUCACCACCAUACACCACACCAGUGUUCUGAUCAAUACCAUACCCCAU